AUGGUAAUCAAACGGCUGAAAUGGACGAGUUCGAACCAAUCAACAAAAGGAACUGGAAGGACUGGUCGUGAUUCAACAGAAAAAUCAUUAGUAAUUUGUCAUUUCCAAAGAAAAGUGCAUGGUGACAGAAGACAAAAACUCUUAAUUUUGUCUGUUCCAGGAAUGCCACACGGUAUACCGAAUGGUGGCUCACAAGGAAAUGGACCAACCGAUUAA